AUGACAGAGCUGUAUUUCAGGGCGGGCUGGUUUGAAGUUUGCUCGAGGAGAGUGCAAUACUACGACCAGAGUGCCAUACUACGACCAGAGUGCCAUACUACGACCAGAGUGCAAUACUACGACCAGAGUGCCAUACUACGACCAGAGUGCCAUACUACGAACAGAGUGCCAUACUACGACCAGAGUGCCAUACUACGACCAGAGUGCAAUACUACGACCAGAGUGCCAUACUACGACCAGAGUGCCAUACUACGACCAGAGUGCCAUACUACGACCAGAGUGCAAUACUACGACCAGAGUGCCAUACUACGACCAGAGUGCCAUACUACGACCAGAGUGCAAUACUACGACCAGAGUGCCAUACUACGACCAGAGUGCCAUACUACGACCAGAGUGCCAUACUACGACCAGAGUGCAAUACUACGACCAGAGUGCCAUACUACGACCAGAGUGCCAUACUACGACCAGAGUGCAGUCUACGACCAGAGUGCCAUACUACGACCAGAGUGCCAUACUACGACCAGAGUGCCAUACUACGACCAGAGUGCCAUACUACGACCAGAGUGCCAUACUACGACCAGAGUGCCAUACUACGACCAGAGUGCCAUACUACGACCAGAGUGCCAUACUACGACCAGAGUGCCAUACUACGACCAGAGUGCAAUACUACGACCAGAGUGCCAUACUACGACCAGAGUGCCAUACUACGACCAGAGUGCCAUACUACGACCAGAGUGCAAUACUACGACCAGAGUGCCAUACUACGACCAGAGUGCCAUACUACGACCAGAGUGCAAUACUACGACCAGAGUGCCAUACUACGACCAGAGUGCCAUACUACGACCAGAGUGCCAUACUACGAACAGAGUGCCAUACUACGACCAGAGUGCCAUACUACGACCAGAGUGCAAUACUACGACCAGAGUGCCAUACUACGACCAGAGUGCCAUACUACGACCAGAGUGCCAUACUACGACCAGAGUGCAAUACUACGACCAGAGUGCCAUACUACGACCAGAGUGCCAUACUACGACCAGAGUGCAAUACUACGACCAGAGUGCCAUACUACGACCAGAGUGCCAUACUACGACCAGAGUGCCAUACUACGACCAGAGUGCAAUACUACGACCAGAGUGCCAUACUACGACCAGAGUGCCAUACUACGACCAGAGUGCAGUCUAG